AGAGCAGAUCUAACUUUAACACAGGACAGAUACAGAGACUGAAGUGGAAAUAAGGGACCGUCUGGGACGCCUUGCUUUUCCUGUACUGACUGUCUGUACAAGUUGUUUUUAUUUUCUCUGGAGUUGCUGUUUUAAUAGGACAAAGACAUGAAUGUUCAAAAGUGUGCCAGGUGUGGGUUUGUGGUAUACCCGGCAGAGAAGGUCAAUCUUAUUGGUCAGAAUUGGCACAAAGCAUGUUUUCACUGUGAGGUGUGUAAAACAGUUUUAACGGCCAAUAAUUAUGAGAGCUAUCAGAAAAGGCCUUUCUGCAAAGUGCACAAUCCAAAGAAUAAUACGUUCACUAGUGUCUAUGAGACUCCCGUCAACAUCAAUGCAAAGAAACAGACUGAGGCGGUCAGUGAGAAUAAAUACCGAGAGGAGGGCGAGCGUUUUAUGUCCACUUUUCACUAUGACAUGAAAUCAAAAGAUAUCGAGCAGGCUCGUAAGGCAAGCCAGCUUGCUAGCCAGCAAGGCUACCAAACCGCGUUUGCGGGCCAACAGUCGUGGUACUCCGGCAGCGUCACCAGCCAGGAAGUUGUACGGGUGAGCCAGGCCCAGAAAACCAUCAGUGAUGUGGAAUAUAAGCGAGGCCACGAGCAGCGUGUGACACAGUUUACUUCUGUGACAGACACACCUGAAAUCUUACAUGCCAAGACCGGAGCCUCAUUAGCUAGUGAUGUGAAAUACACAGAGGAAUAUGAGCAGUCUAAAGGAAAAGGCAGUUUUCCGGCUAUGAUAACUCCAGGAUAUGAAAUGGCAAAGAAAGCAAACACACUGGCUAGCAAUCUGCAAUAUAAAAAAGGACACGAGGAAAGAGUCUCACAGUACACCACUGUGACAGACUCUCCUGAUGUUCUUCUAGCUAAAAACCAGGGGAAAAUCGCUAGUGAUUAUGCCUACACGGAGGAGUAUGAACAACACAGAGGCAAAGGCAGUUUCCCUGCCCACUUCACCCCAGGAUACCAGGUGGCCAAAAAAGCAGGCGAGAUGGCCAGCAAAUUGAAGUAUCAACAGAAAUACGAGCAGGAGAUUAAAGGGAAAGCCAGCACUGAUGCCGGAGCUGCCGAAUUCGCUCUGGCCAGAGAACACGCAGACCAUCUCAGUCAGCAUGUCUACACAGAAGAAUAUGAACAGCAGAAAGGCAAGGGCAGCUUUCCGGCCAUGAUAACUCCUGGAUACCAGAUGGCCAAAAAAGCUCAUGACUUAGCCAGUGAUCUGAAAUAUAAGAAGGACCUGAACAAGAUGAAGGGAUCUUCUGCAUACCACACUUUGAACUCUGAAGACAACCUGACUCUGAAAAGCGCACGUAAAAUCAACAAGCUCAUGAGUGAGGUUGAAUACAAAAAAGACCUCGAGACAACCAAAGGGCACAGCAUCAACUACUGCGAGACGCCACAGUUCAAGAAUGUGUCAAAGAUCGCCAAGUAUACCAGUGAUAAUAAAUAUAAAGAGAAUUACACCAAUCACAUGAAAGGGCACUAUGAAGGGGGCGGCAUCGACAAGAAGACCAUGCAUGCCAUGAAUGUCAGAAAGCUGGCCAGUGAUAUUGCCUACAAAUCAGAUUAUGAGCAUGAGAAGAAUGUGCAGGGUGAGUACAACUAUCCUGCCACUAUUACCCCAUCCUACCAGUCACAGAAAAAACUGGAGCCGCUCAAAGAUAAAAACUACAGACAACAUAUCGACAAACUGAAAUACAGUCAGGUUACAGACACUCCUGACAUUGUGCAAGCCAGAAUCAAUGCUCAUCAACUCAGCAAUUUGAACUACAAGGCUGACUAUGAGAAGACAAAGACGCAGUAUACAUUAUCCCAAGAUACACCGGAGAUUAAGAAGGCCAAAGCCAAUGCAGAGCUUGUUAGUGAUAUCAAAUACAAGGAGGAUUGGGAGAAAAACAAAUCUAAAGCUUGCGAUAUUGGCAUGGACACACUGACGCUCAAAGCUGCCAAAGCCUCCGGAGAUCUGGCUAGCGAUAUCAAGUACAAGGAGACAUAUAUGAAGAACAAGGACAAAGCAAUUGGUAUGGAUGUCAGUGACACCAAAACCCUCCACUCGCUUCAGGUGGCCAAGCUGAGUAGUGAGACUGCAUAUAAAAAGGGAUCUAAGGAGACUCAGUCCCAGUUCCACCUGCCUUUGGAUAUGGUGAAUCUGAGCCAUGCUAAAAAAGCUCAAGCCCUGGCAAGUGACUUGGACUACAGGAAGAAACUACACGAUUAUACCGUCCUGCCUGAUGACAUGAAAGUGCAGCAAGCUAAGAAGGCCUACCAACUACAGAGCGAUAACCAGUACCGAUCAGACCUAACCUGGAUGAAGGGAGUGGGUUGGGAGGUGGACGGCUGCCUGGACGUGGAACAGGCCAAAAAAGCAGGAGAACUUGUCAGCGAGACAAAGUAUCGCCAGAAGGCGGAUGGUGUUAAAUUUACACAAGUUGCAGACACCCCCUCCAUCAAACAUGCCAAGAAGAGCCAGGAGCUACAGAGCGGGCUGGCAUACAAGGCGGGCACAGAGCAGAUAAUCCACCAAUACACCAUGAGCAAAGAUGAGCCUCUCUUCAAACAAGCCAAAGCUAAUGCAGAACUUCUUAGUGGGAAAGCAUAUAAGAGUAGCUGGGAGGAACAGAGGGAGAGGGGCUUUGAACUGGGCAUGGAUACGCUUUCCAUACUAUCAGCCAAAGCAACACGAGAUCUCGCCAGCGAUGUUAAGUACAAGCAAGAAUACGAGAUGACGAAGGGGAAGAUGAUCGGCGUGAACGCUGUGUCUGGUGAUUCUCAGUUAGCCCAUAACACCCUGGCCACUAAACUCCAUAGUGACCUCAAUUAUAGGAAACAGUACGAGGACAACAAGACCAAAAACAGUGUGUCACUUGACAUGAUGAAUCUCACUCAUGCAAAGAAAGCCCAGGAACUGGCCACCGAGACCAAUUACAAAACCUUCCUACACAAGUACACCGACCUACCCUCUGAUAUGAAACUGGAUUGGGCCAAGAAAGCUUACGGCUUACAGAGUGAUAAAAAGUAUCGCUCCGACUUGAACUGGAUGAAGGGAGUCGGCUGGGAGACCUCUGGAUCCCUUGAUGUACAGCAGGCCAGAAAGGCAACAGAUUUGGCCAGUGAGAAUAAAUACAGACAGCACGUGAGUGCUCUGAAGUUCACUAGCGUGGAGGAUACACCAGAGAUGGUGCAAGCCAAAAUCUCCAGCAAACUGGUGCUUGAUAGGUUGUACAGAGAGAAGGGAGAAAGCGAAAUGCACAAGUACACGCUAUCUGGAGAACUACCCGAGCAUGUGCAGGCAAAGAUCAAUGCUAUGAACCUCAGUGAUUCACAUUACAAAGGGUCCUGGACAAAGAUGAAAGAAGCUGGCUACAAGUUACGCUUGGAUGCUAUUCCAUUCCAAGCAGCCAAAUCUUCUACCGAUAUCCUUAGUGAUCAAAAGUAUAAGGCACAGUUUGAGAAAAGUAAAGGAAAGAUGAUCGGCCUAAAAGGACUUGAGGAUGACAUAAACAUCGCCCAUUCUGUGCAUGCCACACAGAUACACAGCAAUAUCAAAUACAAAAAGGAUUCUUCUAAGGGGCAUUCUCAGUUCCAUCUGCCAAUGGACAUGCUGGACGUGCUGCAUGCCAAGAAGGCUCAGUCUCUGGUCAGCGAUCAGGACUACAGACUGAGAUUGCACAAAUACACAACAGUGGCCGGCGACCUCAAAGUACAGGCUGCCAAGAGAGCAUAUGAACUGCAAAGUGAGAAAAUCUACCGCUCUGAUCUAAACUACUUACGUGGUGCGGCCUGGAUUGCCACGGGUGCUUUACAGAUCGAGGGAUCCAAACGGGCCACAGAUCUACUCAGUGAGAAAAAGUAUCGCCAGCAACCAUACUCUUUCAAACACACAUCCGUCACAGAUUCUCCAGAUAUGGUACAUGCUAAGAUCAGUGGAAAGGUCACUAAUGAGCGCUUGUACAAAGAAAAGGGGGAGAACUUGAGGCACAACUACACCAUUACAGCAGAGAGACCCGAAAUCACGCAGGCCAAGAUUAACGCUGCUAACUUCAGUGAUGUAAAGUACAAGGAGUCCUGGCACGUACUCAGAGCUCAGGGUUAUAAACUCACCAUGAAGGAUAUCCCCUUCCAGGCUGCCAAAGCAUCCACCAGCAUGGCUAGUGAUUACCAAUACAAGCACAACCAUCUGCUGGAGAAAGGUAAGCACAUCGGCUCUCGCAGCGUCCUGGAGGACCCUCAUCUGAUGCACUGCUUGGAGAUGGGCCGUCUGCAGAGCGACCAGAAUUACCGUAAAAACGCCAUGUCCACCAGCGGCCAGUAUCAGCUGCCCAUAGACAUGGUGAACCUGAUCCAUGCCAAGAAGGCCCAGGCCUUAGCCAGUGACCAGGAUUACAAGACUCACAUGCACUCUUACACCAUCAUACCUGAUGACAUGAAGGUCCAGUGGGCCAGAAAGGCAUACGACCUACAGAGCCAGAAUGUGUACAAAUCAGAUCUGAACUUUAUGAAAGGGGUGGCUUGGGACACAGUGGGUGCAGCUCAGCUAGACUACGUCAAGAAAGCCGGAGAUCUUAUUAGUGAUAAAAAGUACCGUCAACAUCCUGACAGUCUGAAGUUCACCCAGGUGGCAGAUUCACCGGAUAUCCUCCAUGCAAAGAACAGCUACAUGCAGUGUAGUGAGAGGUUGUAUAAGUCUGGAGACUCUGAGUCCAUGCACAGAUGCUCUUUACCACCUGAUCAUCCAGACUUCAUCAGAGCGAGGAUCAACGCUCAGCAGAUUAGUGAUAAAGUUUAUAAAUUGUCCGGUGAGCAGGUUAAAUCGGCUGGUUAUGACCUCAAGUUAGACGCCAUUCCCUUCCAGACAGCAAAGGCCUCUAGAGAAAUUGCUAGUGAUUUCCGCUAUAAGGAGGCAUUUGCCAAGGAUAAGGGCCAUCAGGUGGGUCUCCUUAGUGUUGAGGAUGACCCCAAGAUGAGACACUCGCUGGCUGUUGGGAAGCUUCAGAGCAACAACCAGUACAAGAAGCAGUCUCAGGAGACACGCUCUCAGUUUAAGAGCCAUGCUGACCAACCUUCAUUUCUUCAUGCUAAGAAGAGCCAGGCUCAGAUCAGCAACCACAGCUAUCGCCAGCAUCUUCAUGACUACACCUGCGAUCCUGAUCAGCUCAAUGUCAAACACGCUAAACAGGCUUACAAACUUCAGAGUGAUGUGAACUACAAAUCAGAUCUGAACUGGAUUAAAGGUGCAGGCUGGACCCCUCCAGGCUCACAUAAAGUAGAAAUGGCCCGCCGGGCUGCAGAACUGGGCCUCGCUGAAGGUGUGACCACUGACGAGGCUAUCGCCCAGUAUCAACAACUAAUGAUGCUCCAGAGACAACAGCAGUUCCAGGAGCAGCAACAGCAGCUGCAGUCCACCACAGAGCAGACAGAAACCACACAGGAGUUCCAGCAGCCUGAAGUCAAUCCCGAUGCCAUGGAGAUCCUCAACGUCAAGAGGAAGAAAACCAUUCACACCACAUUCAAACAGGCCAAGACCACAAAAUCCAUCACGUCACAAUCUGUUGCAUCUCACUCAACCGCAAGUCAGUCUAUCUCUAACCAGUCCACCAAAAACCAGUCAAUUACCAAUCAAUCCAACACGAGGGCGAUCAGUCAAAACCAGGCUGCUAUCACAGACCAGGCUGCUGCAAAGUCAGGAACAAUGUAAUCUACCAUUCUCGUCUUCCAUAUUUUAGUUUUUUACAUUUAAUUUAUGAACAUCAUGUAGAUCCUGGUGUUCUUUGUGUUUUUGAUUGAUCUACUGUAGAAAUGAGGGCUUUACAGAAAAACUGUGGCACGUGAAUGUGAAAAUGGUUAGAGUAGGUGUAUACUGAAAGAUAAGCAAUAAAAAGCAAGCAAGCUUAAUUGUGGUGGUUAAAUGAAGAUGAUAAUGGUUAUGUGGAGAUAUUAAAGUGAACAGAGCAAGUCUGGAUUAUUUGAGCAUGUUUUCGAAGAAGUGCCCUCACGAGUUCCUACUUUUCUAUUUAAUAACUGUAGCACCUGGCUGGUCAGAUCGCAUUUAUGACAAGUAAAAUUAUUGCUCUAGUGGAUUUUAAGGCUGUCUCUGGUGGUGCUGGAAUACAGGAGUUAUAUUUGAGAUACUGGAUAUACUCUGACAAGCUGAGCUUUAUGAGAAAGAUUAUAACUGCAACUCUGCUAGCAGAGUUAAAUGGUUGAACUGUAAGUAAAUGUGUGAUAUAUAAUAAUGGAAAAAUAAAGUUUUUUGUUUUGAAA